CCCGCUGCUCGCGCUGCCGGCGGCGGCGGCGGCGGCGCCCCCCGCGCUCCUCCCUUCCCUCCUCCUCGUCCUCCUCCUCCUCCGCUCCGCUCCCCGCGGCGGACUCCUGCAGCGAUGGCGCGGCGUGGGCGGCGGCGGCGGGGCCGGCCGACCGGCCGGGGACGAGCGGCGGCGGGCUCAGUGAGGCGGGGGCGAGCGGCGGCGCCGGCGGCUGGCCCGGUAACGCGGGCAACGGCGGCUGGCCCGGUAACGCGGGCGGCGGCGACUCGCGACAAGGGCAUUCGAUACCAGUCCAGAUACCUUACUGAAGAGCUGAAGAAGAUUUUCACUGAAGACACUGAUUCUGAAACUGAUGCAUUUGAAGGCUUUGCUUCUAGUGGGGAGGAUGUGAAGAGGAAAGUAGUUCCAGUAAAGGCAGAGAUGGUGUCAGACUUGAGUGAUGAAGAACGUGGUAAUUUAUUGGGUACUGAAGGAGAAGAGGAGGAAGAGGCAAAGAAGAAAGUAUCUCCCAAAAGAAGAAGCUUUGGUCUUCGUGUUGCCUUUCAGUUUCCAACCAGGAAGUCUUCUGAGAAAAAAGUGCCUGAACAAGCUUUUCCUAACCUACCAUUAAAGGACAGUAAACCCUCCACUGCUCUUUCAAAAGAAAGAAAUUGCAAGCGAUGGGACAAACUAGAGGGCUCUGCUUCAGAAUCUGAAGAAGACAUGAAAGAAACACAAGAAGAAAAUUCCAGUGCUCUGCUUAAAAGAGCUAUGAAUAUUAAAGAAAAUAAAGCCAUGCUUGCCCAGUUACUAGCAGAACUGAAUUCCAUACCUGACCUAUUCCCGGUGAAGACACCUGCCUCAACUCCUUCGAAACAGAAGAAAAUACCAAGGAGGACGUUUUCUGAAGGCCAGAUAACACGUCGCAUGAACCCAACCAGAAAUGCUCGUCCACCUGAGAAAUUUGCCUUGGAAAAAUUUACCAUGUCGGCUGUCAGAUUUGCAGAACACUUGCAAAGCUAUAAACAAGAAAACCUCUUGAAGAGGAGCCUGAGCGUGGGGAAUUGUGGCGUGCGCAAAAGGAGGAGAUCAUCAAAGUAUUCAUCUUACCGUCCAGUGGAGGAUAUUACUGAGGAUGACUUGGACAACAUUGCAAUCACUGUUAAAGACAAAAUCUAUGACAAAGUUCUAGGCAGUACUUGCCACCAGUGUCGACAAAAGACAAUUGAUACAAAGACCAUCUGUCGCAACAAGGGCUGUGGAGGUGUAAGGGGGCAAUUUUGUGGACCAUGUCUUCGAAACAGAUAUGGGGAAGAUGUGAAAUCAGCACUGCUUGAUCCAGACUGGAUCUGUCCUCCUUGUCGCGGUGUGUGUAACUGCAGUUACUGCCGCAAGCGUGAUGGUCGCUGUGCCACAGGGAUGCUCAUCCAUUUGGCCAAGUUCUAUGGCUAUGACAACGUGAAAGAAUACCUGGAAAGUUUACAAAAACAACUGGUGGAAGGCAAUUGAGAGCACUGAACUCAAGCUGUGCCUGCAACUGUUUAAUAUGUUGACAAGUUUUGACUUCAAAAGUUUAUUACUGUGUUUUAUAUAAGAUAGAAUUUUAGAGUUUAGUGUAUACAUUUCAAUGUGUGAAAUUUUUUAAUUAAUGUGGUCUUAUGCAAAACAUCUCUCAGGAAAAUGUUUUGGUAGAGAAAUCUACAUGCACAGACCUAUACAUUAAGUGGAAUGGCACUCUUCAACCUUAGAGUGGUUAAUUUCUAACAGGGCUAGACAACUACAUGAUGGAGAACUUUGUUAAUUUGAGCAAUAUUUUUACUUAUGCAAUUGUGUGAAGUUUCAAAAAGAGUGUUUAACAACUACCUGUAAAGGUUACUCUGUUUACAAACAAAAUCCAACAAGUAUACAACACCCCAAGAAAUGCUUGUGUUUCAAUUUGAUCAUAAAGAUUGAAUUUUCCAACCUUAGCUUUCUGAACGUGUUCUUCCAUCUGAAUGCCGUUAUAUUCCAGCCAAAGCUGAUAUAAACCUGCCAGUGGGAGGAUGAAAAUUUUAUUUUUUUAAUCCAAAGUGCAAUUAACCACUGAAACAUGAAAGUGGAAGUGUUUUGUAAAAAUAAAAUAAAAAAAUAAUAAAAAAAACAAAGUAGAGAAAAGAACAAAAAACAUCACAUCCCAGUAAAGAAAAUGAAUUGCUUAGUAGCAGUUGUGUGUGAAAUACUUGCUGCCUGACCCAGCCACCUUAUAGAUACUGUUACUGGUUUAAACCACUGAGUUGAGGAUUUUUUUGAAAUACAGGUUGUAGUUGGAUCUCUUCUCAUACACACAACUAAGCUUUCAAACAACUUUAAGCAAUGCUUCUGUAUUGUUGUAUGAUUAUGUUCAAAUUAAUGUAAGAUAUGUAUUUCAUUUUAUGUAGAGAUAAUAAAGAAUAAUCAAGGAGAAGA